UCUCUCUCUCUCUCUCUCUCUUUCUCUCUCUCUCUCUCUCUUUCUCUUUCUCUUUCUCUUUCUCUUUCUCUUUCUCUUUCUCUUUCUCUUUCUCUUUCUCUUUCUCUUUCUCUUUCUCUUUCUCUUUCUCUUUCUCUCUCUCUCUUUCUCUUUCUCUCCUGGUUUAGCUCCCCUUUCUCUGACCUGUGAUUCUCUGUCUUCUCUGUUGGCUCCUCCUCUAGAUCUUGUAACAGUAGGGUUAGGGUCAGGGAGUUCCUGCUGCCCUAUCUUGGCCCUCUACUCUUCUCCCUCUGAACUUCUUUACUUGGUGAUCUCAUCAACUACCAGGGAUACAAGCACCAUCUCUCUCCUGAUAAGUCUCAGAUCUACAUUUUCUUCCCUAAUCUCUGUGCUGAAAUCUGAUCUUUCAUCUCAAAUUUCCUUACAAGGAUUUCCUACUAGGGGGCCAGUAGACAUCUUGAGCUCAGUGUGUCCCAAAUACAUUAUUCUCUCUCACCUAGAGAGAAGCCCCACCUUCUCUGUAGCUGUAGCCUCCUCAUCCCUGAGGCUCAAAACCAAGGAGUCCCCCUUGACUCCUCACUAUCCCUUACCCACAUAUCCAAUAUGGUGCCAGGACCAGUCAGUUUCACCUUUGCAGCAUCUCUCCAAUAUGCCCCCUUCACUGCCAUCAUCCUGGUGGAGGCCCACAUCACCUCCCUCAUGGACUAUUGAGACAACCUGCUGCUGGGUCUGUCUCCCACAGGGAUCUUCCCACUCAAAGGCCUCCUCCAUUCUCCCACCAGAGUGAUUUUCCUACAGAGCAGUUCUGAUCAUGUCACUCCCCUAUUCCAUAAACCCCAGUGGCUCCCUAUUCCCUCCAGGAUCAAAUACAAAACAUUCUGUUUGGUAUUCAAAGCCCUCUUUCUCAUCCUCUUAUUCAUUACUCCCCUGUCUGUAUUCUUGGAUCUGGGGAACCUGGCCUCCUGGAUUCCUUCAGCUGCAGACUUAAAAAAAAAUCCUUUACUUUCGUCUUAGAAUGGAUGGUAAACAUCUGUUGUGAGGCAGAAUAGGGCUAAGAGAUAGGCAAUUGGGGGUAAGUGACUUACCCAGGGUAACAUAAGUAGGAAGUGUCAAAGGUCAUAUUUGAACCCAGGACUUUCUGUCUCUAGUUCUAAUUCUCUAUUCACAGUCACCUAACUGGCCCAAAGUAGAAAAGUGUUUGUUUUUUUAAACCCUUUCCUUCCAUCUUAGGAUCAGUUCUAAGAUAGAUGAGUGAUGAGGGCUAGGCAAUCAGAGUUAAGGGACUUAUCCAGGAUCACACAGCUAGGAAGCAAAUGAGGUCACAUUUGAACCCAGGUCUUCCUGACUCCAGAUCUGGCGCUCUGUAUACUGUGUGAUCUGGCUGUGUCUAGUUCCAGGCAUUUUCAGUGGCUUCAUCUUAUGUCUGGCAUAUUUUUCCUCCACAUUUCAGAUCACUGACUCCUUUAAACUUCCUCUAAGUCCCAACUAAAGACUAAAAAUUUUCUACAGGAAACCUUCCCUCGUCCCUCUUGGUCAGAGUGCCUUCAUUCUUUCCAUUCCUCACUAUUUCUCCUAGACAGAGCUUGCUUUGUUCCCAUUGUCUGUGUAUUGUCUUCCUCCCCCAUGGGGCUGUGAGCUCCUGGAGGACAGGGACUGUCUUUUGCCUCUUGAGGAAUCUCCAGAAGGGCAGAACAGGUGCUGACUGUAGAGGGAAUGAAAAUGACAGUGUCUGGUCCUUGAGAUGUCCUGGGUGUGUCCCCAUAUUCUUCUCUUCUCCCUUGUGGUCCUUCAGUCCAACACGGGAAGAAUCCUCUUGGAGUAGAUGGGACACCACAUGAUCCCCUCUGUCUUUAUCUUCACCUUUAGCCCUCCUGGGUUUCCUCCUUCCCUUUCCCUUUGUCUGAAGUUUUUAAAAGAAGCUUCUUUCCACUCUCUCUGAUGUUCUUCUGCUGAUACUAUCGUCUUCAGUUAUUCACUCCUCCUGAAUUUCUGCUGCUAAGGUAUUCAGGAAGCAAAUGAUCUCUUCCCUUUGAUGUCUCUUCCUAAAAACACUGCAGACUCCUCUUCAUUAGUGAACAUCUACUGUUCUGUCCAACAUUGUGAAGCUCACAUUUGCAGGUGUUGGGAGUGAAAUUUAAAUAAUGGGUAAACUGAGGCAGUUCUCAAAGCUGUUUGUGAAUAAAAGAGCUCUAGGGGCUUCCCUCUGUUAAAGCUCCAAACCCUAAGGAGAAGGCUCUUUGCUAGGUUUGGGGAAGCACAGAACAAAGAACAGACAGGGUAAGUGAUGUCUAUCAUAGGAUGGAGGAUUGCCAUUGGCUAUAGAGCUGGGAUAAUCCAAGAUGCUCAAACUAAGAAGAGAUUCUUGUGUGAGUUCAGUGCAAGUCAGGCUUUGGCAGCAAACCAGACAUCUGUGAGAUAGGUUGGGAGUGUAGGAAUACUAGGUGUGACUCCCUGGGGCUCGCCUGAAUCUUCCACCGUCAACUUGUACCUUGAACAUGAGGCCAGAAUGCUGAUGAAGUGCCCAAGAGCUGGAUUCUGCACUUCACCUGUUACUGGCUGGCUGAAUGUUGAGCUGAGUCAGGAAACAGAACCACAACUCAGGCAGUUACCAGACAAAAGCAGUUACUGGUAAAUAGUAUCAAUAAGUAAAUGAUAUGAGAUCAGCUCAGCCUUCUCCGAGGAUAAGUCACCCUGGGCUGCAUCCUGAGUCCCUGAACUCUCUCCAGAGAUCUCUGCACACAUUCUCUCUUGUGCUUUCCAUGGUGUUAAAAGUAAAAAUGGAUCUCGGGGCUUAUUACCAGAUUGAUGAGCAUUGAUUAGUAAAGAGAGAGUUUGAGAGAGGCAGAAAGAGAGGUCUCAGCCUUUCUAGGUCUCAUUCCUGAUUCUGUUUGCUCAGGCUGGACUUGCCAGAGAUUAAGAGAUCAGGAAAGCUCAGAGACAAACCCCCAGCCCAGAAAGCCAGUUAUUUCCAGGGGGCAGGUACCAAAGCCCCCUCUCCUUCUCUUGCCUGCCUUUUACAUUCCCUAGCUCUUCCCUCUGUGGCUUGGACUCUGGCAUGUUGAUGGCUCUCACACUGAUGCUGGCUGCACUGGGACACAGCAACAGGGCAACAGACAUGUGACUCUGACAACUACAUCCCACUGCGGGGGCCCUUGGGAUCCAAGCUGCAAUGAGGGUCCCCUAGAUAUUUCCCUUCGCACAAUAGAAACUUCUCGGCUUCCUUCCAGAGCAUCAUAGAACUGCUUUUCUCUGUGAAGAUAGGAUUAACUCUCUUCUUGCCUAGCUUUAAAUUCAUCAACAAAAACUGAAAACAUCCCUACUUAACACUAAGUAGGGGAGGUCUGGAAGCCACUUACUAAAGUGGGUGUCAACUCCCGAAGCAACUGACCACCCUCUGUGCAGUGCUAAGCAAAUUGAUGGAUUGCAGUCAUUCCUGUAAAGUGGAGGAAGGGACAGGAAGGGACGUGGAAAAAGGACUAUAAAAGUCCUGAACUUCCUGUCCAAGAGGAUAUUCAGCCUGAAUCUUGGGUGUGGAGGAUCUUGGACUGAGACUGAAUCUUGGAGCUACAACUUGGGAUCUCCACCUGGAACUAUGGCUCUUGGACUGCGUCUGGUAAGACUGCUCCUGGAUCCUUUGGAGCUUAGCUUGGGAGGUGGUGACAUUCAAGGAUGUGGCUGUGGACUUCACCCGGGAGGAGUGGCGCCUCUUGUCCCCUCCCCAGAAGGAGCUGUACAAGGAGGUGAUGGUGGAGAAUAUCAGGAACCUGCUUUCUGUGGGACUUCCAGCUCCCCCAGAAGAUGUGAUCUCUUAUUUGGAGCAAAGGGAAACCCCAUGGAUGCUGGAGCAAGAAUGCCUGAGGAGGUUCUGCCCAGAAAGAGAGAUCAGACCUGAAAUGAAGGUGAUUCCAACAGAGGUGAGCCUUCCUAUGGAAGAAAUGGGCCUACAAAGAUUCAUGAGUGAUGGUCCCAAUAACUUUGCUUUCAGAGAAUUCUGUGUUGCAUCUCAAAAUUCAUCUCAUAUUAAACAUCAAAGAAUGCACACUGAGGAAAAAUCUACAGAAAGUAAUCAGUUCAGAAAGACUUUUAUUCACAGGGCCAAUCUUUCUGGACAUCAGAGAGUACACACUGGGGAGAGACCUUAUGAAUGCAAUCAAUGUGGAAAGACAUUCAGUCAGAGCUCCUCUCUUGCUGUACAUCAGAGAAUCCACACUGGUGAGAAACCUUAUAAAUGUAAGCAGUGUGGAAAGACAUUCACAAAUAACUCCAGUCUUGCUGUACAUCAGAGAGUCCACACUGGGGAGAAACCUUAUGAAUGCAAGCUCUGUGGAAAGACAUUCAGUCAGAGCUACUCUCUUGCUAUACAUCAGAGAAUCCACACUGGUGAGAAACCUUAUGAAUGCAAUCAUUGUGGAAAGACAUUCACAAAUAACUAUGGUCUUGCUGUACAUCAGAGAGUCCACACUGGGGAGAAACCUUAUGAAUGCAAUCAAUGUGGGAAGACAUUCACAAAUAACUACAGUCUUGCUGUACAUCAGAGAGUCCACACUGGGGAGAAACCUUAUGAAUGCAAACAAUGUGGGAAGACAUUUAGUCGGAGCUCCCAUCUUGCUGUACAUCAAAGAAUCCACACUGGGAAGAAACCUUAUGAAUGUAAGCAAUGUGGAAAGACAUUCACAAAUAAUUCCAGUCUUGCUGUACAUCAGAGAGUUCACACUGGGGAGAAACCUUAUGAAUGCAAACAAUGUGGAAAGACAUUCCAUCAGAGCUCCCAUCUUGCUGUACAUGAGAGAGUCCACACUGGGGAGAAACCUUAUGAAUGCAAGCAAUGUGGUAAGACAUUCAGACAGAGUUACUCUCUUGCUCUACAUCAGAGAAUCCACACUGGCGAGAAACCUUAUGAAUGCAAGCAGUGUGGAAAGACAUUCAUAAAUAACUCCUCUCUUGCUGUACAUCACAGAGUCCACACUGGGGAAAAACCUUAUAAAUGCAAGCAAUGUGGGAAAACAUUCAGUAGAAGCUCCCAUCUUGCUCAUCAUCAGAGAAUCCACACUGGGGAGAAACCUUAUGAAUGCAAGCAGUGUGGAAAGACAUUCCAUCAGAGCUCCUAUCUUGCUGUGCAUCAGAGAGUCCACACUGGGGAGAAACCUUAUGAAUGUAAGCAGUGUGGGAAGACAUUCAGUCAGAGCUACUCUCUUGCUCUACAUCAGAGAAUUCAUACUGGCAAGAAACCUUAUGAAUGCAGUCAGUGUAGAAAGACAUUCUGUCAGAGUUCUGAUCUUACUCAUCAUCAGAGAAUUCACACUGGGGAGAAACCUUAUGAAUGCAAGCAGUGUGGAAAGACAUUCAGACUGAGAUCCAGUCUUUCUCAUCACCAGAGAAUCCACACUGGGGAGAAACCCUAUGAAUGCAAGCAAUGUGGAAAGACAUUCAGACUGAGAUCCCAUCUUGCUCAUCAUCAGAGAAUUCACACUGGGGAGAAACCCUAUGAAUGCAAACAAUGUGGAAAGACUUUCAGACAGAGCUCCCAUCUUGUUGUACAUCAGAGAAUCCACACUGGUGAGAAACCUUAUGAAUGUAAACAAUGUGGAAAGACAUUCAGUCAGAGCUUCGAUCUUGCUGUACAUCAGAGAAUUCACACUGGGGAGAAACCUUAUGAAUGCAAGCAAUGCGGAAAAAUAUUCCGUCAGAGCUCCCAUCUUGCUCAUCAUCAGAAAAUCCACCCUGGGGAGAAACCUUAAGAAUAUGAGCUGUGUGGAAAGAUGUUCACAUGUCACUCCAGUCUUGCUAUUGUGUGAAGGAAAUUUACUCUCCCCCCUUUCUAGGGCAGUAUACCUGGUGUGAGCCUGAACUUGACCCAGGGUAUGAUUAUGUGAUGGAAAACAUGAAUGGUAGUAAUUAAAAGGCAGCAGUAGAAUCGAGAUAUCAAGAGACAAGGGCAGGGUGAUGUUUCCUUCACUACCCCCUGUAUUGCUCCCCUGGGAGGCCCAGGCAAAAUAGGAAGACACAGUUGGCUCCUGAGGUGAGAUUUGUGAGUUAGUGGGUGGAGAAAAAGGUUUAAUAAACUGAGGCAAGAGCAGAUAUCUAAGCUCUUUCAGUUUUGUUGCUGGCUGGACUACCCUGUUAGCAUAGCUAGGUCACCCUAAUAGUGAACGCAGAAUAGAAAGCUAAGUGGAGCAAUGAGGAAAGUCACUCCUAUUUUUCCAUCUUCCCCUACUACCUUAGAUUUAAGGCUAGUCUUAUAAUUUUCACUCUUAUACUAUACAUCACAGAAACCACAGACCUCUCAGUUUGCUUAAAAUCAGACAAUUCACUCUACUGUGUCAUAAACUCUUCUAAAAUUAGGUCCAAAUGAGCAUAUGAUUUAGGCAUAAAGUGUGAUCCCAUGAGAAAAUUAAGGGAGUGUAGAAUAGUUUACCUUUCAGAUCAAUUUAUUGAUAAGGGAAGAGUUUAUGACCAAAUAAGAUAUAAAUAAUGUUAUGAGGUAUAAAAUAGGCAAUUUUAUUCUAUUAAAUUCAGAACUGUUUAUACAAACAGAACUAAUGUAACCAAGAUUAAAAGCUGAAACAAGAAGUUAUCAUUUGCUUUACAACAAUAUGUCCAAUUAAAUAUUUCAGUUUUUAAGAAUUUUAACACUAUUCUCAAAUGCUUUAAUUCAUCAAUUCAUGGCAACUCUAUCUAAAGAGGAGUUAAUUUAGUAAUGGAAUAAUGUCUUUGCUCUAUAGAAAUCAUUUGUAAUUAGCAUCAUUUCCUAUAUAAGGUUUUCCCAAAAAUGAAAUAAAAUUAUUGACAUUCCAAUGACUUCUAUUGAGUUGAAUGCAUUAUCAAAAUGAUUAUCUUGCAUAGAAAAUCACCAUGCAUCUAUCACCUUGACACUGUAGACUGAUUGUACUCAGAGGCCAGUGUAACAUAACUGAUACAAUUACAUUUAGUUCUACAAUUUCUAAACCUUACACUUACAUAUCAAAUCUUAAGCCUAUUUUGCAUUAAGGUUUGUACUACAUAUGUGGUGAAAGUUUAUCACACCAAUACAGAACUCCAAGCUAAAUAGGUUUGUUAGGAAGAUACCAGACUCCCAGUAAACCUGGACCCAGAUCAAAUCAAGAGCAGAGACCCUGAGGCUUAGGAGAUAGUCUUUUUUAUGCCAAGAAAUCUCAUGACACAGUGAUAGAAAAUAGUCACAUGAAAAUAAGAAUGGUUGCAAAAUCAUUCCUAUGGGCAUCUUCUUGAUGGCACAAUUGCUGAUUAAUCUGGUAAGUGUACAAAAGAUCACUAUGGGUGGUAACUUUGCAGCACUCAGGGUCUUGAUGUUUUCACUGAUAAAUAUAGUGGAAUAAUAGGAGUUGGCCGUUUUGGUUAACUGAUAUGUGAAAACAAGAGUUAUCCCUCCAUCUCCUGCAUGACUUGUCUUGUUCUACAAAGAAGACCAUCCUUCCUCUUUUUGUCUGACCAUCUUGUUAUACACCCAAGAGGGGUGUGGUAGGAUUUAUGAAAUGAUAUUACCCCAAACUGUAAUUAGCUGUUUAUAAUUUUUAUAAAGUAAACUAUCAUUUGACUAUGAACUCAAAAUGAAUGAUUGUGUUAUAAAAAAUCAUAAAGGCUAAUACUAUUAUAAUCAUAAAAGGGGGUAGGGGGUUUCACACUCACACAUACAAGGUCAAAUAUAAUUAUCCUAAUAGUUGAAUAUGUGAAUUGGAGUGCUACUACAUUAUAAUUUAAGACAGUUCCAUGAAAUCUAGAUUCAUCUUUAUAAAAGGUACCCUACUGUGUAAUUAGAAUCUGUUACCCUAGAACUACUAUUUCCAGCAAAACUACAAUCCCUAGCAAAACUAUGAUACCCAGAACCCCACUCACUCCCUGUCAUUACAUGCUGGUGUUGACAGGAUAUGAAUUGGGUGGAGGUCCAGCUCUUUCACUCCAUCCUUCCUGUUUCAGCUUUGGUGGAGCGGGGGAUUUUUGAGCAGAUAGAAAAACUUAGUUACA